AUGGGAUCAGUCGACGUUAUUGGUCCACUUUUCCAGCCCCUCCGCUUGGGGGCGCUCUCCCUCCAACACCGCGUCGUUCAAGCUCCAUGUACUCGUAUGCGAGCUACCAAGGAGACAGACGGUGUGUUUGUUCCAAACGAUCUCAAUGUGGAAUACUAUUCCCAGCGUGCUUCUGCAGGUGGUCUUAUGAUCACGGAGGGAACACCAAUUAGCCGGCUGGCUGCGGGUUAUCCAGGUGUACCUGGAAUUUUCACAUCCUCCCAGAUUACCGGGUGGAAGAAAGUCACCGAUGCCGUGCACGCCAAAGGUGGUUUGAUCCUUUGUCAACUGUGGCAUGUUGGCCGUGCGACUGUCCCUUCCCUAAUUGAGGGUGAGCAACCUGUUAGCUCCAGUGACAUUCCAAUUAGUGGAAACGCCUUGGAUGGAACUGAGUAUUCAGCCUCGCCUCCACGACCGAUGACAGUGGAGGAUAUCCAGCAUGUUGUGAAGGAGCAUGGUGCAGCAGCGAAAAGGGCGAUUGAGGCAGGAUUUGAUGGUGUGGAGAUUCAUGCCGCGAAUGGGUACCUUCUCGACCAAUUCCUUCAUGACAAUGUCAACAAUCGCACCGACGAAUACGGAGGGUCCAUUGAAAAGCGGUCCCGUCUCGUUAUCGAAGUCAUCAAGGAAGUCACCGUCGCUAUUGGUGCUGACCGUGUCGGAAUCCGGCUGUCUCCUUACAACUACUUCCAAGAUACCCGUGAUUCCAAUCCUAACGCAAACUGGCUCUCCCUUUGCUCCACGAUCGCCGGUCUACCAAGUGAAUCGAAGCCAAUCUACGUACACAUGGUUGAGCCGAGAUUCGACGAGGUGCUUGAUGAGAGCGCCAAAAUUGACUCAUUGGCCGUGGAGAGGGCAUCCUUGGAUGUGUUCCGACCAGUUCUGAAGAAAGGGAACGUCGCACUUCUGGCGGCUGGCAACUUCAACGCAGAGAAUGCGGGCCCAAAGAUUUUCAAUGAUGCUGCAGAUGCGGUGGUAUUUGGUCGGUACUUUAUCUCGAAUCCUGAUCUACCAAAACGGCUGAAGGAAGGAUUACCAUUGAAUCCAUACGAUCGGACUACCUUCUAUGGGGCGGAGCCUGCCGAGAAGGGGUAUACAGAUUAUCCUUUUUAUAGCAAAUAA